AAAGUCGAGGUAACGAUGAGGCCGAGGCCGCAUGCGUGUGCCUACGCGCGUUCUUCAAGACCUUCGGUGGACCAUAAGGAACGCCUUUAAGCGGCGCAGGGACGCGAGCGGGAAACUCUAACGUAUCGAGCAAGCGAGUCUUCAUUUUCCAAACGGACGGACAUUGGGACUGGAAAAUACCGUGACCCGGCAGGCGAUUCCGGGGUAAGCGGACGAACCUGUUCAUCCGAAUCACACGACCGCAGGAUCUCCAGUCCCCCUUUCAGCGUGAAAGAACACGGCAGCCUAUGGACGCUCCUCGCUUCGCCGGCCGGGAAAGGUGGCGAGAGACAGCGUGAAAAGGAUUCAUCCGGCGGGCCGUCCGGCAGUCAUUCGCCCGGUCGGCAUCACGUCCGGAGUGCGCGCAAGUGCGAGUCGUGCAAGAACGACGCGGCGCGCAGCGCGGUCGAUGGGACGUGUAUCGGAGCGGAGUGGAUUAUAUAUUGGUCGCGCAUGGCCAAUGUAGGCAGGUAGGAUCCGCAUCGUUUCGACCGCGAGGAUCCGACCGAGCCCGGCUGGAAUCACGCUCGCCCAAGUUCGACGAAGAUGGCCGCCCGAUGACGGUGUCGAGGUCCGUGGGAUCCCCGUACGCGCAUCGAUCGCGCGCGAUCGAGGAACAUCGGGGCAGUUUCCCGCGGAGGGAGUGCCUGCCACCCGAGUGCUCAAGCACACCGACACGUGCGAUGGACCGAGUGAUGCCGAAGUGACGUUCAGGGACGCCCGUCGAAUUGUCCUGCGUGUGUCGCUCCUGGAAGUAAGCAUUGCUCCCGCGAGGACAGUGACGUGAAUUUCGUUUGGAGAACGACAGACUCGUCUGCUGAAAAAAAUUUGAUCCUGAAAGAAAGAGACUAAAGUGCGAAAACAACGUGCGAGUUCGUAUUGGAGUGGUAAAGUGGUUAGCAUAGCCCAGUCGGGAAGCGGUAGACGCUUGAACGCGCCGGCGGACGUAACGGAGUUAUCCUGGCCGGGAGAUCCGUUACCUUCGAGGAGCAAGAGAGCGCGAAGCGGGUAGAAGAAGCAGGCGAUCCUGUUGGUUUCCACGAUUUUACCUGGUGCAAUUACGAAAGCGCCGCGGCCAACGACCAAUGUGCCCGUGCGAUGUGUUCGAGCAAGCAGAAGCAGGCGAAGAAUUAUGAAACCCGUCACUGGCCGUUGAGCCUCGCUGAAUCGCUAACGUAAAUGCUCGCGCGGGCGAUAUCGGAUACAGGAAUAUCAUGAAUCGAAUUAGUGCGAAGCGGAGGAGUUCGGUUUCACAUAUCUCGGUAUACGUGCAUGAAUUUUCCUGAUUCUGAAUCAUACUGCGCCUACCGUGUAAGAUUCCAAUUUCCGGAAUAGAAAUUCCAUGCAGUAAAUUUAGUGUGACAUCAGAAAGUGCGUAUCGAGGAGGCUCCGCGUGGAAAGGGGGCGAGCGAAAAGAAGAAUAUCGAGGUCGGUACUGUAAGAAGAAGAAUGGUAUGCACGAAGGAUCGUCGACGAUGUAUCGAUCGAGACCAUGCGAGAUUCCGACAUUGUAAAAACUUCGUCAACAGAAAAGACCCGACACGAAACUCGUCUUCGUAGAACGCUCGUUGCGGGGUCAACGCGCUCCGAUCGAACAUCAUGGGCAAAUAUUUAAUACGAACAUUAGCGAAAUUCGAUAUUAUCGCCGUUGAACAAAAAUAAUAAAAAGAAAAACUAAUCGAUAGAUCAAGUUGUGCUGUUUAACGGAUUAGAAUCGUGCAGCUAGCUCGCGCAACGAACCAGCUCUGACAACAGAAAGCGGAAGCCAGCAUCGAUCGGAAACGAUCGAUUGACACGGUGGGAUCGUCCGGAUGGGAGUACCAAGAGUGCCGAGUGUGGCAAUAGUUUCUUCAGGGCCGCGACUUCCGCUGGGAAACAGAAGAUGGAACGCAGGGCCGACCGCUACGGCGCUAGGGAGAUGCGCCACUCGAGGAGCGAGGAUCUGCUCGGCACGAUCUCCAGGUCCCCCAGUCCGAUCGUCGACUUACCAACUACUACAUCCGAGGAUGAUUUGAUCGCGGCCAGCGCCCUCCGGGAGUCGGGUAUCUACGACGAAGCCGUCGGCGGCAUGGGCCUUGCGGGUCCGUCACGUCGCAUCCUAUCAUCGCCACCUAGGGCAAUGGGAGUACCCGUCGAUCCGGAGGACUCUAUCCGCGACAUCGUCACCGAAAACGAUCUCUACAGAUACGUCCUGUUCAAGCGGCACUACGACAAGUACGUGGAUCUCUCCGAAAAAUAUAAGGAGGCGAAGAGCAUUGCCUAUUAUCUGGAGGAACGUUAUCACGAGAUCAAGGCUGAGCGGGACAAGCUAGAAGAGGCCCGAAGAAAUUUGGAGAGACGACUGGAAGGUUGCGAGACGGAACUACGCGGCAAAGAGGAUGAGCUCUUCCUGCAGUUGGAGAGGAGUCUACGAUUGGAGGAGGAGGUUGAGCGGGCCAAAGCCGAAAGAGACAGUUAUCUGGAGGCGCAGGAUCGACUGGAGCAACAGCGAGAGUCAGCUUUCCGUCGUUUGCAGAUGCAACUCGAACAGAACGAGAUUACAAGACGAGAUCUCGAGAGAGCGCGCCAGGAUGUCAUCCGGCAGGCAACCGUUAUCCGUGCCGAAAGGGAUACCCUGGAAAGAGAGAAUGAGGUGUUAAGGCAGAGACUCCGACUCGAGCAGGACGAACUGGGAGCUGAGCGGCGUCGUCGGGAGGAAGGUGUCGCGGCGCUGACUAGGGAGACUAUAGCGUUGAAGCACGCGACCCGCCAUCUGACUGCCGCAACGUUCCACGCGACAUCCUGUCGGAACCGUCGUCGAUGUUCCAUUUGCACAUACGCUAGACAUACAUUUGCCACUGUCGACAAUUAUCGCGACAAUGGGAAGCUCUUGCAGUGCCUUCAAACGCCCUUACAAGAUCUUCGUAGCUGGUUACGGCCCAGCGCGACGUCCUCGGCUGGCACAUCUCGCGUUCCGCGAAUCGGAUCGACUAUAGUCGAUCGCGAAAUUUGUUACAUUGACGACUCGAGUGUCGACAGCAGCAGCAACGGCAGUACCAACAGCCGAAGCUGUAGCAGCAGUACCAGCAGUAGCAACAGCGCUUACGACGACGAGGCAUAUCCAAGCACUCCGAUAGCCGAGCCUUCGCUCUCCUCAGCCACCUCCAGUGUUCCACAUACUGCCAGAGCGUUUUCCUCGGAUUCGGGAUUUUCCUCGGAGAUUGGGGAUCGCAGGUCCCGAUGCUUCGAGAAUAUCGCCAGUAGCACUAGCAGUAGCAGCGGUAAAAGCAGAAAUAUCAGCGAGUCGCUGGAUAGCAACGAAGUCGACGAUCAAGGUGGCGUGGUUGGAAGAGAUGGGCUCGUUCGCUCGAGAUGGACUUCCUCCUUCCGCAGAUUACUCGGACGAAAGCCGAAGAGUAAGCUCGAUCGUUCUGCAGGGCCGAGCAAGACUGACGAAUCACGAUGAAGCCACUUGUACCAAGAUAAGGAUUCAUCGUACAUACAUUCUCCCGUCCUCUUUUCUCUUCCGUGGCCAGUUCCGUAAAAAUACUCGAAAUGAAUCCUUCACGAACUGGUCGCUCCUUCAUUCUCGCCGGAAGGUAUCGAAACUGCCGUGGUUUGCAUACUGACUCUGCCGAAGAAGAUUGGAAAUACGGAUUUAGGGAUUCAGGGAUCCUGGGUUUCUGGGAAAGUAACCGUAAAUGACCGCACAGUGUUUCAAAGCUUCCAGCUUCUAAUGAUAUGAUCAUGCCCUGCCUGCACAGGCGUCGCGAAAACACGUCGCGUAGACGUGCACACGACGUAGUGACGUCGUGGUGACGUGCUUGUCACGUACAGUGCUGGCAGGAAUGAUUCAUCUUCCUCGAGAUUAAACACGAAUUUAUGCUAAGGCGUGUAAAAAAAUGUAGCAAGAAAACUGAAGCUUGUUAUUUUCUUGGUUUCUUCGUAAUGUUUCUCACGCAGCACUCAGUUUAGCAAAAAUCGUGUAUUCGACUUCAGAAUCCAGAAAUCCUGAGUAUAGAUCCCGAAGUUCUUUCUCCACUAUAGGAAUUGAAUAAGUUAGAGAAUUACAACUAUGUACAUGUAAGAUAAAGGAAUUAGAUUAUUAAAAAUGAAGGAUUGAAGUUUAUAUGUAUAUUUAUUAGCAAAUUGUAUAGUUGGGUCUUAAAGGUUUUCGAGUUUUUAAAGAUGAUGCAGUUUUAAGAAAUUCGUUUCAAACCGAAUUUUUUUAUAGUAAUAAGAGAAAAGCAAUGUUCUUACGUUGUUACCGUUUACCGUUUUCACGGCGAUCGUUAUUGUAUUUGCCAAAGAAUACAGUGGCCUGUGAUCGCAAAGUUUACCAACUCAAUUGAUCGCUAUGGAAUUUAGAGAUUUUAAAUUCGUGACGAUUUUCUUACCAUCACGUCAAUAUUUCAGCAUUUACGAUAAGGAGAUCAGUGAAUGAAAUUUUAAAUACGCGUGUGUAGUGAAAGUGAUUGGACCAAAUUGCUGACAUGGCACAAUUCUGUUACGACGAUGUUGUGAAAUGUAGAAAAUUUCAAUAUACAAAUAUUAUAAAUGGAAAUAAAAAUAUGUAUACGAUA